ACAAUGAGCUCAACACAGAAGGACCAACAUGGAGCGAGAAGUCAGCGGUCUCAGGAGGCCGACAAACCUCACAGAAGAAAGAGAGAGAAAAAACACACCUGUGAUGAGUGUGGGAAGGAUUUUACUGUGAAGACUUCACUAAAAGAGCAUCAGGUCAUCCACACUGGAGAGAGACCGUUCAGCUGUGACUUGUGUGGAAAGACUUUUUCCUGGAAGGAUUCCCUAAAAAAACACCAACUCAUCCACAGUGGAGUUAAAGCGUACAGCUGUGAUCAGUGUGGCAGAGCUUUUACUCACAGUAGCAGCUUACAGAGUCAUCUAGUUACCCACUCUGGAAUUAAGGCAUACAGCUGUGACAUCUGUGGAAAAACUUUCAGCCGGAGAGGGGACCGAAAUACACACCUACGCAUUCACACCAGACAUGAUGUGUACUGCUGUGAACAGUGUGGCAAAUACUUUGCUACAGACAAACAAUUAAAACAACACAUGUUUACCCACACUGAGGGACGACCUUAUAAAUGUGACCUGUGUGAGAAGACCUUUAAAGCUCCACAUUACCUGAGACAACACCAACAGAUCCACACCAGAAAGAGACUCUACAAGUGCAGUUACUGUGAGAAGCAGAGCGACACAGAUGGAUCCUGUUCUCAACCCUGUCAUCACCAUGGUGGUGGGAAAGACUUUCGUUGUGACCUCUGUGGAAAAACUUUCAGUCGGCAAGACACCCUAAAAAUACAUCAACAUAGACACACUGGAGGCAAACUGAAAUACUGCAAAGAAUGUGGGAGAAGCUUCACCACAUCACGUGGCUUAAAACGCCAUGAACUGAUUCACAGUGGGGUUAAAAAGCACCUCUGUGAUCAGUGUGGGUCAUCCUUCACCACUGCAGUCAUCGCCAACAUGGCGAAGAUGUGAAGCUGCCUUUCUGCUACAGUAUCUCCUUACAUACAUUUGCUCAUAUCGUGGGACUUCUUAUAGAGUGUCUUUCUUUGACCAUGUCUCACUGUGUUUUAUUCUUGAUGUUGGAUUUAACUCUUGCAUGACUUAAUUUUAAUAAUGUUAAAAUGGAUGGAUGGCUAGACGGACCCCCUGAAUUAAUCAUCUGAAAUCUUUUUAUUCCUUUAUUCCACUGCUUUCAGGCAUUUCUGUGCAUCCAAAUUUAUAUAUAGAUAUCGAAACACUCAUAUCUGUACAAUUUGUUAAUAUCUUCAUAAUCUCCAAUAAUGUUACACCCCAGUGCUUUCAUUUGAACCCCAAGUGUCAUUGUCUUUGAAAAAGCACAGAGUAUAAUGCAUCUAUUUUGCAAAAAUAAAUAAUACAAUAAAUGUUUAAAGACUUUCAAAAGGUACCCUGUUUUUCCCUUCGUCGUAUCGUACAAAUAGAGAUAAUAUAAUUAUCUGAGGAACAAUUGUCAAUAAGCAGAGAAGUUAUUAAAAUAUUACUGCAAGACAUGGAAGCAGCUGGUGUUGUUCCCAAAUUAGGAAGAAUAUUUUAAAAUUACUUCACAAUUCUUCUUGCACUUCAGAUUGUUACAAACUAUCAGAAUAUAAAGAAAGUCAGAAAAUGGAAAACCUCAGCUUAUAAAACUGCUAUUUUUUUUAACCACAAUCCACUGGAUCAAUUUCAAGGGUUUUGCACUUGAUUUUUAUUUAAUCAUAAAACACUGCAGAGAUGCAAAGAAGUAAUCAUUAUAACAGUGUGCAAAUACUAUGUGUCCAAGCUAUAGACGUCUCUGAAGCGACACUUUAAGAAACUCCUGCAUAGCUGCGGGGUGCACAGUCCACAUUUCACAGUGACAGCACAAAGACCCACACAGCUGGAUUUGGAUAUUUAACAUUCUUUCAGUAAAAAUUAAACCCUGCAUGAGUCCAUGAAUAUCUGCCAUUAAUCAGAUGAAAGCCUCUGCUGUAGCACCCUGUCAUCCAUUCAUCCAAGAGAUGUAACCAAGAUACUGCCUCUAUUAGAUAAUUAUUAGAUAAUCAUUGUUGAAAAAUAAUCUUUAACAUCUGAUUAAUUUCAGAUUUUUAAUGUCAGAUUUUACACGGUGAGGUGUAGCAGAGUUUAACUCAGAAAAUUAAACUUUAACUCAAAACGUAGCAAGAAGAAUUUGUUCUUUCAGCUCUAAUCUGUGAAAAAAAGACAAAAAAAAAAACUUGGUUGUUCUGUUCAUUGUCACCGCUCUGAUGUCAGGUGUACAUGAUUGGAGGAUUUGGGGUUGGGUUCUCUGCUCAUUCAUCAUUGCAGAUUUUAGUUAGAUUUGUUUGUCCGUGGGAACUGUGGGAACCUUAAAUUACAUUUUGGAUGUAAACAUAAAGAAGAGCGUGAAGGGGUGUGAAGAAAAACAGAUUUUAAACUUUGUUUUUUUUUACCUGGACUCUGUGGCUGCUAUGAAACAAAAGUGAAGUAAUGAAAAUAAAAAAUGUUCUCAGUUUUCCUUGUUUGCCAAACUUCUCUCUAAAAACCAACUCUGGUCCCUGUGUUUUUAUUACAGUCUCUACAGUGUGAGAUAAUAAAAGGAGGAUGUUGAAGGCAGCACUGCUCCACCUGCACUAUACACACUAUACAAUUUUUCAUAACAGAUGAGUUUUGUGUUUGUUG